AUGCCGGCCUACAAUAUAGUCGUCUUUGGUGGCGACUACGCCGGUCCUGAGGUCAUCGCCGAAGCAGUCAAGACACUCAAAGUGAUCGAAAAGAACAGGCCAGACACGACAUUCAACUUCCAGGAUCAUCUGUUCGGCGGUGCCUCUAUCGACGCACAUCAGAAUUCACUCACAGAAGAAGCCCUCACGGCCGCAAAGAAUGCCCACGCUGUACUCCUCGGUGCUGUCGGCGGUCCCAAGUACGGCACCGGCCCCAUCCGCCCAGAACAAGGCCUCCUCCGCCUCCGCAAAGAAAUGGACACCUACGGCAACCUCCGCCCCUGCUUCUUCGCCUCCCCAACCCUCACCUCCCAGUCGCCCCUGAAAGAGUCCGUCUGCAAGGACGUCGACUUCACCAUCGUCCGCGAACUCACCGGCGGCAUCUACUUCGGCGAGCGCCGCGAAGCCGACCCGGCCAAAGACGGCCCCGACGAAUCCGCCGAAGACCGCGAACCAUAUUCCCGCGCAGAGAUAGAACGAAUCACCCGGUUGGCAGCACAUUUGGCGUUAGCCAAGAAUCCGCCUUCAAAGGUGUGGAGUUUGGAUAAGGCGAAUGUGCUGGCUACGUCAAGACUGUGGCGCCGCGUAGUCACAGAAAUCAUGUCCACCGAAUUCCCUCAACUCCAACUCGAGCACCAACUGAUCGACAGCGCGGCCAUGAUAAUGGUCAAAAACCCGCGCCAACUCAACGGUAUAAUCGUUACAUCCAACCUCUUCGGGGACAUCAUCAGCGACGAAGCGAGCGUCAUCCCAGGCAGUCUAGGCCUCCUCCCGAGCGCGAGUCUGAGUGGUGUGCCGGAUGGGAAGGGGCUAUGUAAUGGAAUCUACGAGCCGAUUCACGGGAGUGCGCCGGAUAUUGCGGGGAGGGGGGUCAUAAACCCUGUGGCGGCGAUAUUGAGUGUGGCGAUGAUGUUGUUGUAUAGUCUGAACAUGCCCAAGGAGAGUUUGUUGGUGGAGCAGGCGGUCAGGGUGGUGAUUGAGAAGGGGAUCACGACGAGGGAUAUUGGCGGGACGAGCUCUACGAAGGAGGUUGGUGAUGCUGUGGCGGAGACGUUGGAGGCGUUGAUGAAGCAGACUUCAAGUUGA